CUCUCUGCUUACAUUCGCAAACCUAUCCUCCGCAGCAUACGCCUUGAACUUCUCGCUCAACCCGCUUCGCGGUGUCCAGCAGUUCCCGCUCUCAUUGUACUCCAACACAGAAAAGAUAGCAGGAAACAUGACGCGCCGCGCCCCUGUAAUCUCAAUCUCGCACGGCGGCGGCCCGAUGCCGCUGCUCGGCGACCCCAGCCAAGCCGCCCUCACGCACAGCAUGAAGACGAAAGUACCCAAGAUACUGAAGCUGGGGACUGCCGAUGCGCCGCGCGCAAUUAUCCUGGUUACCGCUCACUGGAGCGAGGACGUUGUCGGGAUUAGCAGCGCAGAGAAACACGAGCUGUACUAUGACUACUAUGGAUUUCCAGACGAGGCGUACAAGUUGAAAUACGAUGCGCCUGGGAGUCCCGAGGUCGCGGAGCUCGUCCGCAGGCAAUUGGAGGAAGCGGGCAUCAAGUCGAAGAAUGAUGGGAAGAGAGGCUGGGACCACGGCGUCUUCGUCCCCAUGACACUCAUUCACCCCUCCGCCUCCGUCCCCAUAAUCCAACUCUCAGUCCUUGCCUCCGAAGACCCCUCCAUGCACUACGCUAUCGGGCGCGCGCUGGCCCCGCUCCGCGACAAGAACAUCGCAAUCAUCGGUUCCGGCUUCGCAAGCAUGCACAAUCUCCGCGCCAUGUUCUCAGGACAGGCACGCACACCCUCGUAUAAAGCGCUCAACGAGGCUUGGAGCAAGACUGUGGCAGAUGCUGUGGAGACUACGGAUGUGGAAGCUCAGAAGGAGAAGUUUGCAGGGUGGAGAAGUUGGCCGGGAGCAUAUGAUAUGCAUCCUCGCGGCGGCGCGGAGCAUUUUUUGCCGCUGGUGGUUUGUGCGGGCGCGGGCGCGGGAGAAAAGUCAAAGGCGUAUGGGGAUGAGAUGGUGGGGUUGCAGAUGUGGAGUUAUUACUGGGAUGGGGAGGAGGCGCAGCUGUAGAGUAUCUCUAAGCAGAAUUGAACGAGCGUUGUUCGCAACACCAAGAGGGAUUCUUCUGCUUUUGUGCAUGGAUCCGCCGCGCGAGGGCGAAGUCUGGGUCGCUAGACACGCUUCUGCUAAUACCUGCUUGUGGUGGACUGCUCAGAUACACAGCUCCACCUCGUUUCGACGGCAAUACCUCCUUCCAUGUGACAAGAUGCGAGGCCUGAAGAUCGGCAGAGGAGCUUGAGAUGUGGCUCAAGUCUCUCAGACGUACGUGGAGGCGAGGCGAAAGUUUGUGCUCGGCUCCUCCCUCGAUUGUGGGUGGCCACCGCUGCUUACUGUGUGGCAGGAAUGAGCCGCUUCGUCUUCCAUCAAUAGACUGUCAAAUAUCAUCAAGAUAUCGCAUAGCCAUUGAAUCGCUAAAGUGUGGUGAAGUGGAUCUCUAGACUGAUAUGCGGGACUUCGACCCGGUGGUCCUGAACGCU